ACCCAGCAAGCGGUCAGUCUUGCGAGUGCAACGGCCCAAGCAGUUGUGCGUGCCACGAUACUCCAGGAGCUUGCUUGUUAGUUCACGUUGCUUCCUGAAAUUCACCUCAAAAAUAUAAGCUUCACGGGAAAUAAUAGGUUUUGCGAUGCCGAAGGUCAGGAAUCCCGGUGACUUAUUGGAAGAUUUUGCUUCCGAUCCCUUUUUCAACGAGAGCUUGCAAGAGUUCGACCGAUCCCUUCAGCGGGCGAUGGGCCGUUCACAGAAACCUAUAAUGUCCGAUAAUUCUUGGUGUGGAGGUAGCGGCGGCACAGGCGCCGUGAGCCGCUGUGAGCCUGACGCGUACUCGUCGCAGGACCUCCGCGUUACAGAGAAGGACGGCCGAUACCAGGUCGUGAUGGAUGUGAAAAAUUUCGACCCUCGGAACUUGCAAGUUCGUGUGGUGGAUGACAACAGGAUUGUGGUGGAGGGGAAGUAUGAGCAAAAGUCUGCCGACGGAGCGUCGUCGGCCUGGAAGACGUUCAGUAAGGAGUUCACGAUGCCUGACGAGGCCGACAUCGACCUCGUCACCACGGCGCUCUCCAAAGAGGGCGUCCUAACAGUCCGAGCUCCUCGCAAAGCUCAGGAUAACGUUCGUGAAGCUGCCAAAUCGAAGUCCUCUUCUGUUCAGUCCAUCAACGAGAGCUACAACCAGCAGAAGACGCAGGAUGGGGUGUCCACUAAAAGCACCAAGAGCACUUCUUCUACCACCGCUUCGUCCUAUCGCAGCCUUGGUAACAAAAAUUUGCAAUCGUCAUCAAGUUUUGAAUCGAAUGACAGUGGUCUCGACAGCCUCCCUCGUGACUUGAGAGAUCGUCUCAUGGUUAACGAGUCAGGAUUUUCUUCAGUGAGCAGCAGCAACUCGUCCUGUUCGUCUCCUGCACCAAGUGAAACACCUUCGGACAUGUCACGAAUCUCAACCUCCGCCGACUUCGAUGUUGCCAAGAAUGCAAACAACAACCAGGGUCUGAAAUCUGAUGCCACGUACAGCGGGGAGACUCCAGAAAUCAGUGGAUACUCACAGCAGCCUCAAAGUAGAGUCUGGAGCCCUAGUGCUCAGUCUGUCAGUUCUCGGUAUUCAAAUGGCUCAAAAAUUGAUAAUUAUUCUCCCAGAGUCACGAGUCCUGUUUUCAUGCCUCCCGCAGUGAGGAUCCCUAUCUUCACUGCAGGAUGCGCUUCAAGUGGCGACACUACCGUCACUGUUGAAGAGAAAGACGGGAAGCGCAUCGUUAAGUCUGAAAAAGCAAAUGUUAUUCAAGAGGCAGGAGGCUUACUGGAGGCAAAGGAAAUUGCUUCGGAAAUCGAAGAAAAGGAUGGCCAGUCAGCCCGUCGAGAGGCUGUGACGAGAAUUCAGCGCAAACAUGACGAUCCACAAGGACGAUACAAGGGGGCUGAACAAGCAGAAGCUGCUGAUGCGAGUGAGUCAUCAAUACGGCGUUUACCAGAUGGUUCUACAGUUUCUGUAAAGAAAACCAGUACAUCCAGUAGCUCACAGAAAAUUUUUUCCAGCACUGGGAUGGACAUGUCAGCAUUUGAUGACCCGUUUUUCAAUGUUGGAUUUCCCCAUGACUUUGGCGAUUUGCGUAGUUUGACUGGACGAGGUCACACACUCAUGUCUCAAAUGUCCAACGACUCAAUAGCAUCUUCUCUUUCUGGACGUUCGCAAGCCUCACACCGGUCUGGAGCGUCUGAUAUGUCAAAUCGGUCCCGUCUGUCUAAUCAGUCCGAUCCGCCCUCUGAUCAAGCAAGUGUUAGAUCAUCAUUUUCCGGACGAUCUUCUUCCAGCGCUUCAGAUGAUUUCAUGAGAGACUCUUUUGGAUUUCCUCGUGGAUCCCUUUUCGCCAAUCGUCCCAGUCUUGCUGAAAGAUUCCCCGAGUUUUCUGGCGCGCUCGCUGAGUUCGAUGAUUUCCCGCGAAUGGGCUUCGGGGAUUUCCCAAGCUUAAAUACCUUUUCUCGCAGUUCGAGAAAUUCAAACAGCUCGUUCUCAUCAUCGUCUUCGUAUGAGUCUCCUUUCGAUAGGAAAUUCAAUUAAGUCGCUUUUACAAAGUUCAUUUCAUUUAUGCGUUUGAAAAGAGAUUUAAUUACUUUGAGAUCAAUUUACCCUGUAGAGUUUCAAUGCACUCGAACAUUAAUUAACGUUUCAGAUUGUUCGAUUCUAUUGCAUACAAUGAUAAAAAUAUCCUUAGUUUUCAAAGAAUUUAUUACUUUUUAUAGCCGUGAACCCUCAUCGAUGUAACAUUUGACGUUGGUCAUUAGUCUCUGACGAAUAUGUUUGAUUCAUGUAUUUUUUCUCGUGCACUGAUGUCCAAGCCCAAUAAAUAUAACUGUUGACUUUUGUUAGUCGUCGAGCGCUGGUGAGAGGCCAUAAAUAUCUUUAAAGUUUAAUUUGACUUGAGAUAACAAAUAUUAGUUACGAAUCGACGUGUUUCCCAGGACUCGAUCCGAUGUGGUUUCAUAUUUGAUUGCAUUGCCACGCACAUUCCCCAAGAAAUGAAUUGCGAAUAUUUUAAGUUUAUUUUAAUUGUAGAUAUUUAAUUUGAAGUUUAAAAAAUGUAUUGAAACAAUAUAUACAUUAGAAUCUAGGUACGGCGUAACUUUUGAUUUAGCGAUGUACAAGAAAAUCUCAAUUCUGGCAAUGUUUUCAAACCUAAAUUCUAAGGAGCCUUUCCUGUUUUUUUAUACCUUGCUCAAAACAAAGUGAUUCAUUAAAUGUGUCCUCGACAAUGACUUUGAAAAUCAAACAAUUAAACGAUAUUUGUUAUUAUU